GAGCGCUAACGGUUGCAAGUUGCAACUGCCAUUGAUAGUCUUAUACAGCGGGACACUAAGUGGAGAUAUGUAGCUUAACGGAUUUAAGCCCCGCAAUCUAAACCCGUCGCGGUUGCAUCACCGUUGACCACCAGGGCAGAUACGUACCCGUUAGAUAUUGAUUGCAGGGUAAUUAGGUAUGUGAUACAAGCUUUCGACGUGAUAGCACAAGAGCGACCUCACCUCGUUUCGGCCCUCCACUUAGCACUGAAUACAAUCUCGACUUCUCCUUCUCCAACAACAUCCACGCCCUAUCGACCUUGCAAUCGCAGGAUAUCGCAACGUCUUCGUUGGCCACUUCGGAAAUUCCAUAAUUCCAUAAUUCGACCCAUUCGACCGAUAUAGGCCUGUGUGACUAUUUAGGUAGUUGCAGGGCCUCCCCAGGUCCAUGCAUUCGCCGGGAAGCUCGCCACUCGACGGACCGUCCUCUUCUCGCCCGACCCCGUCUAAGCGCAAGCCGGCCACUGCUGCUAGCAACCAUUCCCGACAGAAUUCCGGCAAUCCGCCCUCCGGUCCCGACCAUAAACGUACUAAAUUGAAUAAUCCCUUCGACCUGGGCGCCUCCGCUUCGAGAAUGAGCAAGGUGGUGCAUGGCAAGCGACCAGAGAUCGUCGACCUGACGAAACCUCCCACUUUUCAACCUCACAAAGGCGCAAAGAAGCUUGUAAUCAAGAACCUACGGACCACCCCUCGAGGCGGUGAUCUCGAGGAAUACUACCGAGCUACGAAGCAAGGGCUUCUCGAGGCUCUCCAAGCCAUAUUCGAACAGAAGCAGCCACGCCAACCACUCGAGCGACUGUAUCGGGGAGUUGAGGAUCUCUGCAGACAUGGAGCGUCCAAGGAGCUAUACGACAUAUUAAAAGAGCGAUGUGACGCCUAUCUAAACAAUGACCUCCACAGGUCUAUAAUGGCAGAGGCUGGCUCAUCAAACAUCGACAUCUUGAGGAGCACUCACAAACGCUGGCAAAUAUGGAACACUCAAUCGACCAUAAUUCGCUCCGUGUUCAGUUAUCUCGACCGGUCGUUUCUGCUGAGAAGUAAGGAUUUCCAGCAGAUUAAUGACCUGGCCAUUUCGCUCUUUCGACGAGUAAUGUUCAUCAAGUCUUCAUCCGGUGUUAACCCAGGGGCCAAGAGUCUCAUUGGCAUGUGUGAUCUAGUAGAGUACGACCGAAGAGGAGAUUCUCGAUUCGACUCGAAUCUGUUGCAUGAUUCCAUCACGAUGUUAAAUGUUUUAAACAUCUAUGGGAAAUCCUUUGAGCCACAUUUCUUGAAAACAUCCGAGGCGUAUUUCCGAGAGUUUGCUGAAGUACAAAGUUGCGCUUCCUUAAAGACCUACAUUUCUAGCUGCGAGAAGCUACUUGAGAGGGAGGAUUACCGCUGCAACCGCUACAACUUUGAUUCCACUACGAAGAGGCAAUUAAUGGAUAGUGCACAUACCAUCCUGAUCCAGAACUAUUCCGAAAAGCUCCUUGACGGUGGCAGCAUAGGCAAACUACUGGACGAGAAUGCAUUGGAAUCUAUGAAGGCCUUGUAUGACCUCUUACGCUUAUCGAGUAUACAAAAGAAGCUACGACAACCGUGGGAAGAGUAUAUCAAGGAAGCGGGCUCGGUAAUUGUCAAUGACACAUCUAGAGGCGACGAAAUGGUCGUCAGGUUACUUGAAUUCAGAAGGUCAUUAGAUCUUAUGAUCCGAGACGCCUUCAAUAGGGACGAGGAGUUCACCUAUAGCAUGCGCCAGGCAUUCAGCAGCUUUAUCAACGACCGGAAAGUUCAGUCGGCGUGGAAGACCGGGACUUCUAAAGUUGGUGAGAUGAUCGCCAAGUAUAUCGACAUGCUGCUUAGAGGAGGCCUCAAAACACUGCCAAAGUCGCUGCUGUCUGAUAUCAAAGACCGUGUCGAUGCCGAGCAAAGUGGACUAGCAAGUACUGGCGACGAGGAUGCCGAGCUAGAUCGACAGCUAGACCAAGCUCUCGAGCUAUUCCGCUUCAUCGAAGGCAAGGAUGUCUUUGAGGCGUUCUACAAACAAGAUUUAGCCAGACGUCUCUUGAUGGGCCGCAGUGCGAGUGCGGACGCAGAGAGAAGCAUGCUUGCGAAACUUAAGAACGAAUGUGGCUCUAAUUUCACCCAUAACUUAGAGCAGAUGUUCAAAGACCAACAACUUGCCCGGGACGAGAUGGCUUCGUACAAAUCUUGGUGCGAGGGUAAUGGGCAUGGCAAGAGUAGUUUGGACCUCAACGUCAGCAUUUUAUCUGCAGCAGCAUGGCCGACGUAUCCGGAUACGCAGCUCACACUUCCCGACGAUGUUGCCGCACAGAUUGGACGUUUCGAAAAAUAUUAUGUCAACAAGCACACGGGAAGACGCCUUACAUGGAAACAUUCUCUAGCACACUGUCUCAUUAAGGGUCGUUUUAACAAGGGCCCUAAGGAGCUACUUGUCAGCUCAUAUCAGGCCGUCGUGUUAACGCUAUUCAACCACAUUGAGGACGAUCCAAAGGGAUUUCUUACUUAUCAGCAUAUUUCGGAGAAUACUGGUCUAACUGGGCCAGAUCUUAGCCGUACCUUACAAUCUCUAGCAUGCGGGAAAACCCGUGUCCUCACAAAACAUCCUAAGGGGAGGGACGUAAACCCGACAGACACCUUCACAGUGAACAAGGCAUUUACGGAUCCUAAAUAUCGGGUCAAGAUUAAUCAGGUUCAGCUCAAAGAGACGAAGGAAGAGAACCAAGAUACGCAUGAGCGGGUCGCCCAAGAUCGUCAGUUUGAGUGUCAGGCGGCGAUUGUGAGGAUCAUGAAGAGCCGCAAAGCAAUGACUCAUGCCAAUCUCGUUGCUGAAGUCAUCAACCAGACCAAGAGCAGAGGCGCUAUCGAGCCAGCCGAAAUAAAGAAGAAUAUCGAGAAGCUAAUCGAGAAGGAUUAUCUCGAACGAGAGGGAGGCUCGUAUACAUACCUGGCAUAAAUACUGCUCUGGAUGUCGGUCGCCGUUACCUAGCCUUAAGCUCAAGAUUUAUACAGGAUAGAUGCACAUCGUCGUAGAUUCAUUCAGAAUAGCUACCUAAUCAUGAAUUGGCUCUACAGCCUGUCACAAUCAAUCAA